AUGUCUGAUCGGUAUAGCAGAAGGGACGAAUAUACGGGCGGCUCUUCAAGAGAUCACAGGCGCCGUUCAAGAUCGCCGGGAUAUGACUCUGGCUCCGGGCGUUCGGCGCGACGUCCAUUGCCGACGUACGAUGACUACGACCGCCGCCGCCGUCUCCAAGAGGAAACACAGCAAGACACUUACCGUGCUCGUAACGACGCCCGCGACUACAAAGCUCACCGCAUGGAAGAACAGUCACGCUACCAACAAAUGCGCGAAGCCGAACAAUCCCGCGAAUGGGUCGAAAAAGAAGACGACUUUGUCCUCAAACAAGCCAAAAAACGCUCCGCAAUCCGUAUCAAAGAAGGUCGCGGAAAAGCUAUCGAUCUUCUGACCGUCAUGCUCGCCAUCGUCGAACGCAGCGGAGACGCCGCGGCGGAUUGGGAAGAAGAGGAAUUGGGUGCGGGGAUGGAGGUACAGAUCCGCGAACCGGGCGGUGUAAUUGAGGAGUUGGGGAAGAAGGAGUUGGAGGAGAUGUGUGAGGAUGUGGAACAGUUUAGGAAGUUGGAGCGGUCGAGGAGUUCGGCGGAGUACUGGAAGGCGAUUGCGACAUUGGGAAGGGAGAGGCUGAAGAUGAUGAGCGCGUCGUCGUAUGAUUCCUCGGGACGGGCGAUUGCGCCGGUGCAGUCUGAUAUAGAUCAGCUGUUGUCAAAGAAGGAUUAUGAUGCGCUUUGUACGUUGGAGUUGCAGAUUGAGAAGAAGCUGUCGAGUAGAGAACCUAUCGACGUGGACUACUGGACGGCCCUGCUAAAGAGUCUCACUGUUUGGAAGGCAAAAGCAAGACUGAAGAGGAUGUACGACAAAAUCGCUGACGCACGUGUCGAAAGACUACGAAUUAGAGAAAGCGUCGAAGCACGGAGGGUAGAAGACGAACUGCGACAGGAGAUAGCAAACUUGGGCGAACUGAAAGCACCCGAGUUCGUGAAUGUCAUGGACCCAGAGCCAGCAUUGAAGAUCGCAUACGACGACCGCAACCUUCCCGUCGUCGACGAAGUCGACUACCGUCUCAACCUCCUCAAAUCCCGCGAAGCCGUCAAAGAGGCCCGCUUCAUCGCCAAGAAGCCCAUCGCCCUGCCACAACCUACCGAAUCCAAACCAAUCGCUGCACCAACCUCUACAAACGCCUCCUUCGCAACCCAGCUCUACAACCACGAAGCCGCAAAAGGCGAACGCGACGGCGAAGAACCCUUCAACACCGACAUCGCCCUCCCCUCCUCCUCCACACACCCCUGGUCCUCCACCCACACCCCCCGCAAACCCCUCUACUUCAACCGCGUCCAACUCGGCUUCGAAUGGAACAAAUACAACCAAACCCACUACGACGCCGAUAACCCCCCACCCAAAGUCGUGCAAGGGUAUAAAUUCAAUAUCUUUUAUCCAGAGUUGGUGGAUAUGACGAAAGCGCCCACGUACGUCAUUGAAAGAAAUGGGAAGAAGAGGGGGACUGUUGAGGAUGAUGGGAUGUGUGUUAUUAGGUUUAAGGCUGGGGCGCCGUAUGAGGAUGUUGCGUUUAGGAUCGUGGAUAAGGAUUGGGAUUAUAGUGCGAGGAGGGAUAGGGGGUUUAAGAGUAGUUUUGAUAAGGGGGUUUUGCAGUUGCAUUUUCACUUCAAGAAGGUGUUCUACAGGAAGUAG